AUGAAGGUUUGGACGAGCUUGGCGGUGGUGGCCGUAGGGGCGGUCGCCACGGUGAAUGCAGUGACCUGGAACCUGAAGGACACCAUCAAUGGAAACUCGUACAUGGACAAGUUUGAUUACUUCACGGACAAGGACCCUACUAACGGCCUUGUGGUCUACCAAAACCAGCAGCAGGCCCAGCAGCUGAACCUGACCUACGCGCAUGGCGAAGAUUUCGUCAUCCGCGUCGACACGACCAAGACGCGCGCCGAGGGCCGUCCGAGUGUGCGCCUCCAGUCCAAGGCAAACUACGGCGAUUCGGUGAUCAUUCUCCAAAUGUCCCACAUUCCGACUGGCUGUGCCGUCUGGCCUGCGUUCUGGACGGUGACGUCGGAUGUGUCAAAGUGGCCUACGGGUGGUGAAAUCGAUAUUAUGGAGAACGUCAACGACCAGUACGCGUACAACCUGGCCUCGCUCCACGUCAAGGACCAGUGCUCGGUGGCUAAUGGCGAUCAGUCGGGUACGACCGUCUUCCCCAACUGCAACUACCAGGCGAAUGAGCAAAGCGGCUGCCGUAUUGCGAUGAACGGCACCAAGUCGGCUACGUGGGGUUCUAAGGUGAACUCCAAGGGCGGCGGUGUCGUUGCAAUGCACCGCGAUUUCAGCCAGAAUGGCAAGGGUAUCCGUAUGUGGUACUGGGACCGCACGCAAAACAUGCCAAGCGAUAUCUCGAAGCCGGGCAAGACGGUGAACCCCGACAGCUGGGGCACGCCGGCCGCCAACUUUGGCAAGCUCUCGUGCACGGGCGGUGCGGACGGUGCGAGCCAGUUUGACGACCACAAGAUUGUAUUUGAUAUCACGCUCUGCGGUGACUGGGCUGACGGUGCGUACAACCAGACACAGUGCCCGUCCAAGUACCAGGCGUGCAGCAACCAAGUGGGCAACGCUGGCUCGAGCUUCGACGAUGCCUACUGGCAGGUCCAGAACCUGUACGUGUACCAGACCGACUCGGCCUCCUCGGCCGCGUCGCUUGCGCUGCCCAUGCUGGCGUACCUUGCCGCGGCGGCGCUCGUGGGUCUCACACUCUUUGCCUAA